UAUUGUUUUUUGAAAUUGUUAACUGAAUAAACUUUCUAACGUAUUCAACUGGUAAGCGGUGGACACUGUUAAAAACGGCUUUGCCGACAGCCAACGAAUGUCAGCGCAAAAUAAAAUAGCACAAAAACAAAAUCUGUAAUCAUUUAUAUGAGCAGCCUUUCUUCGGCGAAAAUAUAAUUUAUGUGCACAAAUAACAAAUUAUAAACUAUAAAAACGCAUAAAUUGUAUAAAGUAUCCUUAUUAAAUUUUAAGUAUUAUGGAGGACGAAUUGGUACCCCGCUUACCAGUUGACAGCGAGACAAUUGACUUUCAGAAUUGGCACAUAAGCUACCUCAAAUCACAUAUACUUAAAAGUAUUUGCAAAAAAGGUCAAGAUGACAAUUGCAAACAAAAUGAAGAUGAAUGCUGUGAGUUAUGUACUUAUCGCUACGCACUUGAACUGCCACACCUGCCCGAUAUGGUAUUCCACAAAAAUAAGUUAUCACUAAAACACAAAGAUGGCGCACUUUUAGAAUUUCUGCCGAUGGACUCAUUACGGCUGGUUGAAAACGGGAAACAGGCACUACAAGUUGCCUGCGCUCAAGAGUGGAAGGAGAGCAGACCUGAUUGUCAUAUGGAAGAAAAAUUUAAACCGUUUGAUUGGACAUUUACUACCGACUACCAAGGUACCUUGAAUGAAAAAUUUCGAGUAGAAAAUUCAGAUUUGUCACUGAAUAAAUUCAAACUGAUGCAACGUGAAAAAAUACUAUUUUAUCAUGAUCUCACUUUGUUCGAAGACGAACUGCAUGACAAUGGGAUUUCAUCAUGUUCAGUAAAAAUUCGCGUUAUGCCGUCCGGUUUCUUUAUAUUACUUAGACAUUUCCUACGCGUCGAUAAUGUGCUGCUUAAAAUGCACGAUACUCGCUUUCAUUAUGAGAUCGAAAAUAAUUAUAUAUUUAAGGAGUUUACGAAACGUGAAGCCACAUACAGUGAGCUCAAAAAUGUACCACCGCCAUUUUUCACAGUACCCAAUGAAAUUGAGAACUACCUACCGAUUAAGGAAAAGAAAGCUUAUAAAUUGUAUUUCAAGUAAAUAGUUAAAAAAUUAACAAUAAUAUGAUAAGCAAUUUUAAAAAUAAAGAUCAAAAACCACCCAGUUUGAAAGUAAUUAAA